GCUUAUGCAUUUCUCCAUUUCUUUUUGUUUGAGUCUAUUUCCUUCCCUAAAUAGUCUAGCAGAAGCUGUGAUGGUCCUAUGAUGGUCCUUCAAGACAGACUUUGUAGUACUAGAUAGCUCAUGCCUGGAAAUGUAUAUAAACUUGCAAUAUGAAACUUCACUCUGAUUUCUUUUUCAGAAUCCUAUCCAUCAUGACUGCCAUCCAGCUACCAGAAUUUAUUGACCGCCACCCAGGGAUCCCACCCAGUAUAUUCAUUGCUCAUCAAGGAAAGGACCUCCAUGGCUAUUACCCUGGGCAGCUUGCAAGAGUUCAUUAUGCUUAUAUGUGAAGAUUAUCUCCCAGACCUCUCAUAGACUUGGAAAUUCCACCUAAGAGAAAAAGUCAGUAUCAGCCUCAAUUAGACCAACAAACUCUCAUUCAAUACAUUUGUUUUCGAAGACAUUCAAAGCCUGCCAAGCCAUGGUAUAAAGAAACUACGUACCAAAGAGACUAUUCUUUGCCAUUUUACAAGAUGGAUGGGGACCAGAAAUUAGCCACAGUUUCAUCGAAUCCUAGACCACUUAAUUCACUGCCAGGGCAUUACUGUUGUGAAGAGAGUGGCUUUGAAAGAAAGGCUUUUAAACUAAAGUAA